CCCCAAACCCUAGUGUUGUAUGCUCCCCUUUCGAUCUAUAUAUAUACAAGCGUAUAUAUAUAUUUUGAUAUUUAUAUGGUCGCCGGCCGGUGAACUGAAGGCUGUUGAAUCAGAUUCCGGCGGUAGGGUGUCAUCGUCAACUGUAUGUUCUCUUUAAUACCGGCUUUUGAGCCUCGUCGCCGGAGAUAUUCCGGAUUUCGACCUCGCCGGAGCAAUUCCGUACGUCCAUGGCGUCCGCCGUCUUAGCGAGCCGCAAUGAAUCGAGCUGGGGCCAGUCUGGUGCUGGAUUCAUGGGGAAACACCCUUACUCAAACCCUAACCCUAACCCUAACCCAAAACCUAAUUCUUUUUCCAAAAAAAAGCAAUUUCACGCGCUUACUGGUCAGAUCAACGGCCGGAAUUCUGACGACUCUCCGGCUGUUACUCAGACGGCGUCUGAUGAUGCGUACUCGUUCAAUCAGAGAUCGAUCGAAUCGAACAGUUGUACGGAUUUCAAUCGUGGAAGAUACGUUAGCUUCAGCAUCGGUUCGUGUACGAGAAGCGAGCUGAUCGAGCUGAAGAAGAAGUUGAUGUCAGAGCUGGAACAGAUCCGGAGCUUGAACGAUCGAAUCGAGUCCGGAAAAUUCCAGCCAAGAUCGCAGUUUCCCGGAAAAUUCAAGAAAUUGUCGGGGAACAAGCGGCCGAUUCCGUUUGUUUCCGGCAAAGAUUCGAAGCGAUUGUGUCAAUCGUCUUCGAAUGAGAUGGGGAAUGCGAGUGGAAAUAUCAGCUUGAUGAAGAUGUGUAGGCUGGUGUUGACCAAGUUGAUGAAGCACAAGCACAGUUGGAUCUUUAACGCGCCCGUGGAUGCUGCUGGUUUGGGGCUUCAUGAUUACCAUCAGAUAAUCAAACAGCCUAUGGAUCUUGGUACGGUGAAAUCGAAUUUCGCGAAGAAUUUUUACCAUUCGCCAUCUGAUUUUGCUGCGCACGUGAGAUUGACCUUCAACAAUGCGAUGUUGUAUAAUCCCAAGGGCGAUGAAGUGUAUGCCAUUGCUGAGCUGCUCUUGGCUCGAUUCGAGGAGUUGUUUCGACCUAUAGGCGAGAAGCUUGAUGAUGGUGAUCAUAAAGAACAGAUUGUUCCUGUUGAUGAAUUACAGGGGAGUUCUUGGAAUCACACUCCAACUCCAGAAAGACCAAAGAAGCCUAAAAGCAACCCAAUGCCUCGAAUGUCGAAGAAACACGAGCGAAUGCAGAACCCUUCUAGUUCAUCAAACCCCCCACCAGCACCGAACCCACCAACAGUGCAGUCCCCAGUGCGGACUGCAUCCCCGGUGCAAGCUCCUUCCGUGAAGCCAUCAAUGCCCAAAGUAAAUCCGGGAAAGCUGCCGAAACCCAAGGCGAAGGAUCCCAACAAGAGAGAGAUGAGUAUGGAGGAAAAGCACAAGCUGGGAGUUGGGUUGCAAAGUUUGCCUCCUGAAAAGAUGCCACAGUUGGUGCAGAUUAUAAGGAAGAGGAAUGAGCAUUUGGCGCAAGAAGGUGAUGAAAUUGAGCUCGACAUUGAAGCUCUAGACACGGAAACACUUUGGGAGCUUGAUCGGUUUGUGACGAAUUGGAAGAAGAUGGUGAGCAAGACUAAGAGGCAAGCUCUAAUGGGGAACAAUUUAGGACCAGCCACAGCUACAGAUAAAGCUGAUAUGCUUCCAGUGAAUGAGAAAAUUGAAUCGGUAAAGAAGUCGAAGAAAGGGGAUGCCAUAGAAGAAGAUGUAGACAUUGGUGACGAGAUGCCCAUGAGCAGUUUUCCCCCUGUGGAAAUUGAGAAGGAUGAUGGUGUUCAUGAUCAUGGUCAUGCCACCAGCAGUUCUAGCAGUUCCAGCAGCUCGAGUAGCGAUUCGUCCUCGUCAAGUGACUCUGAUUCGAGAAGUUCUUCUGGGAGUGAUUCAGAUGCAGAUGAGGCACAAUCGCGGGGCCUUGAAUCGAAGGAAUUUGCAAACACUUGAUGAGCAAUGGAUUUAGAAAAAACCGCGUCUGAAUUUGUUCCCUGCGGAGGGCUUCAAUGGUGAAUUGGUCACUAAUGAGGGUGUUCGUGAAAUGUUUUCUAGAUUUCUGGUGGUUGUGGCUAGGUUGGAAAAAGAGGAAUUGGUGAAAUUGGCAGAUGAUGGGUUUGUUGUUGCAAUGCAAAGGUGAUCCUAAGGAAAGAGGAAUGAGAGAGGAGGCCCGAAGGGUAGUAGUUGUUGGUCAGUUAUGGUGUGUGGAGAAAUGUUGUUGAAGGAGAUGCAAGUAAGGGUUAGUUAUGGUCCCCAAUUUAGGAAAUAGAGAAAUGUAGAGAGAGUUGAGUUACUUCUGUACAGAUUACAAAAUUAAUAGAUGAUUUUCUUCUCCA